CUGUUGUUUAGUCACGUGACCAAGCUAAAUAGCAACAUGGCUUCCAGACUAGCGAUUUAUAACAAUCGUUAGCGAUAAAUAACAACUCAAAGCUAGUUACGCGUUAUCUUAGCACUGACAGCUACUUAGCCAAGUAUAAGUAUAGUAGCUACGUAGCUGACCGUUUAGAUUUUAGCUAACUAUUUUACAAGCUUUGUUAGUCAAGUUUAAGUUGGCUAAGUAUCUAGCUAUGGAGUGCUAGCGACGUCUGUGCAGUGCUGGCUGGCUAGCUGACAGUUGGCUAGCUAGCUAGUUAUUUUAGCUUCAUUAAAACGACAUACCAGUCGUUAAGGAUAACACUUCAGCUAAACCAUCAUGCCUCGAAAAAGGCGAGAGAGUAAAGAAUCUGGCGACGCUCUGAGAAAACGUCAAAGAAGAGAAGUUCUAGACGAGGACACGGUUGUCGUUUCAGACAGCGACGAUGAGGCUGGAGAUUUUAUACCCACACCAUCAAGAGAUGGAAGAAGAAGAGAGAGGGAAAGGAAAAGUCCUUCAAAUGCAGGUAUGACAGAGGAACAGAUGUUGGACUUGGCUCUGAAGCUGAGCGAACAGGAAGCCAGCAAGGCAGCUCUUCGUCUGCGGCAGGAAGAGGAGGCGGUCAGGAAAGCUAUAGAGGAGAGCCUCUGUGGGGACCUCACAUCAUCCCAGCCCACCUCGGAGUCUCUGCUCAGGGGAGGCCCUACCCAGCCGUGCUCCCCCUCUCAAGGCCAAAGUCACGGUUGGAUCCCCCAGGAAGACCCCGACUCCCCCACCAUCCAGCCCACCAGGCGCAAGCUCUCUUACCCCAACCACGGGGCCGGCAGGGAGGCUAGUGCCAAAGCCGGCAGCCCUUGCGUGGGGGCAGAUCUGGAUGGAGAAGAGAGGUGGAGGAGAAGGAGGAAGGAGGGGAGCCUUCUGCUGGAGAUGCCUGACCUGUCCCAGACCCAGAAGCUUUCCACCCAGGCCUCCCCCUCUGCCUCCCCUUCUGCCUCCCCUUCUGCCUCCCCUUCUGCCUCCCCUUCUGCCUCCCCCUCUGCCUCCCCCUCUGCCUCCCCCUCUGCCUCCCCUCCCUCACAGAAGGACGGGACCGGUCAGAGGAACCUUCUAGAAGACCUCUCCUGCAGCCCCGGGUCCCAGGACCCUGCCUCCGUCCAGGCUGCCUCUGCCCAGGCUGCCUCCGCCCAGGCUGCCUCCGCCCAGGCUGCCUCCACCCAGGCUGCCUCCACCCAGGCUGCCUCCACCCCUAAAGGUACACCAGUGCUCCGCAUUCCCCGCCUCAGCCAGGACCUGCUGGCCGACUGCUGUUCCUCCGGGUUCCUCCUCUGCUCCCAGCCGGGUUUUCCUGAGGGAACCCUGUUCUCCCCGCUGAAGAGCCCCGCGUUCCCCGCCAGCCCAGACCCUGGGUUCUCCAAGACCGAAGGGUCGGUUCUCCCGAAGGCCCAAGAUCCUGGGUUCCCCAUGACGUGUAGUCCUGACUCCUCGGGGACUGAUAGGACUACGAUUCCCAGAAGCCCCGUGUUGUCAAAAACGGACUGUGUCACAUUUUCUGUGAGCGAUGGAGAGGAGGAGGCGUUGGUGACCCGGACUGUUCCAGACUGUCCCAAAAGUCCCGUCUUUCCAAGCUCUCGUCCAAUCACAGACAAGGGAAGAAGCGGAGUUUCUCUUCCUCCGAGUUCAGCCAAUGAGAGGAGAGAUGAGGAAGAUUGUCCGACAUGCCCCACCCACAGGAGUUCUGAAGUUAAUAGCAGGGCUCCUCCCCCUCAGUGCCUUAGCCAAUCCAGAACAAGCCUGUCCCUGAAGAGGAGACGAGCACCUGAAACCAGCCAAUCAGAGGAGGCGGACAUUCUUGACCGGAACAAGAUAUGUCCAGAUGAUGUUGGCCAGGGGGGAGGCAGAGACAAGUCGUCAUCACAUCAAACUGGCCACUCAGAUGAGAGAACCAGACCAGCCCCCGAGGAGGAGGAGGUGGUGGAGGAGGAGGUGAACAGGGCAGCAGGGGAGUCUCUGCAGGAGCUAACCAGCGACAUGGUGCUGCGCUGGUCGGAGGACGAGGAAGAGGAAGAGGAGGGUGACCUUGCCAAGCUGCCUUUGGCCCUCUCCCCCAGCCCGGUCUUCCCCCAGGAGGGCUCCCUCCCUCAGCCAGACACCCAGGAACACCCCCCUAAACCCGGCCACAGUACCAGGCCCUCCUCUCCAUCAUACAGCCAUGUCAGCCAAGACCCUGGUCCCAGCCAAGACCCUGGUCCCAGCCAAGACCCUGGUCCCAGCCAAGACCCUGGUCCCAGCCAAGCCCCUGGUCCUAGACAAGCCCCUGGUCCCAGCCUAGAUCCUGGUCCCGGCCCUCACAAACGCCCGCUGGAAGACUCUAACUCCCAGGGGGAGAGUCAGGCCAAACGACCCAGGAGGAAGUUCACCUAUCGGGGCAUGUAUGCGGCUGGGGCUCCCCUCCCCUUCCAGGGCUCUGUGGAUGUCUCCCGUCAGCCCGAGGCCAGAGGAGCCAGCCACCUCCAGGCCCGGGGACCCUCCGUCCGGACCUCCACCCCCAGAGAGGAGCAGGGAGGCGGGGGAGCCGUGCGGUACUACUGGGGCGUGCCCUUCUGUCCCCAGGGCCAAGACCCAGACACCUACACACAGGUGAUCCUGGCCCAGUUGGAGGUGUAUGAGAAGAGCCUGAAGGAGGCCCAGAGGAGCCUGCUGAGGAAGGCCGAGUGGGGGGAGGCCAUCCUGCCCGGACCCCCCGACACAGCCUCCUCCAGGGCGGGCCGUCGCCGGAGGGCCCACGCCCCCCGCCUCCCUGAGGAGGAGGAAGAGGAGGAGGAGGAGAGGGGGGGUGGGAGGAGGAAGGAGGUGGAGGUGGUGGAGGACGAGGAGCAGGAGGGAGAGAAGGCGAGGGGGGAGGGGGAGGGGAGGGGGAGGAGAGGAUGGGGGUGGAAGGAGUGUGACACCUUGUUGCUUUCUUCUCCUGAACCGGCAGAGAAAUCUCCCUCACCUGUGUUCCGUGACUCCAGACAGCUUCUGCCUCGAAGGAGGCUGGGCCUGAGGAGAGGAGAGAGAGGGGCGAGCCAGACUCCAGCACCUCCAGUGGAGGAGGAGAGGAGAACCAGGGAGCAAGGAGCGAAGGAGGAGGAGUGGGGGAGGGAGGAGGAGGAAGUGGAGGUGGACAUAAGAGGCAGUGAUGUUUGCCCAGAGACCCAGCUGAGCGACGAUGACCGCACCCAGGACCUGAUGGUGACCAGCCCGGCCCAGCUCCAGCCAGAGACCGAGGCCUCGAGGGAGGAGGAGGAGGAGGGGAUGGAGGUGGAUGGAGAGGUGGGGAUCCCCCCGUCCAGAGGACAGGAUGUGGGGAUGGAGGAGGAGGAGGAGGGGGAGGGGCGGGGGAGGAGCAGGAGGGGGGCCGACCCAGAUCCCGACCCCCCCAGGAUGGAGUGUCCUAUGUGCAUGCAGCCGUUCCCCCUGGGGGAGAUAGAGAUGCACGCGGCCUACUGCGACGGGACACCAGGGGCAGCUCUGGAGGAGAUGGACACUCAGGAGGAGAGCCAAGUCUCAGUGAAGGCUCGUAGGAAGAGAACCAGGAGGGGGGAGAUCGUUGGAGGGGAGCAGCCCAGCUCUUCGGCUUGUGGCUCCAACAGCAGACCGCCUCCCCCGAGAGAGAAGUGCUUCCUGUGUCAGAAGCUGUUUCCUCUGAGGGACUAUAAGCGGCACGUGGAACAGUGCCUCCAGCUACAGCAGUCCAGGCCAGGCCAGAGCGGAACCUUGCUGUCAGCCCUGGACCAGACUGAAAGCACAAACCCUGGGAGAGCUGAGGCAGGAUCAUGUGACCCCAGAUUCAAGGCCAGCGUGACGGCGGAGAGGCGAGGGCAGGGUGACUCCGGCGACAGCGGCGAGGAAUGUUCCGGGCCCGGCCCCCGAGUCAGUACCUCACCCAUCCGCUCCUUCACCUCCAUCUCUGAAGCCACCGACUGCCUUAUAGACUUCAAACACCAGUACAACAGCACCAAGCCCAGCCGAAGAGGAGGAGGAGGAGGGAGGAGGAGGAGGGCAAACAGACGAUAGCCUUAUCAAGCUCAGUUUUCUUCCAACGAAGACACUAAUAAUUGUGUUUUUUUUAAUGAUUGUUAUACUGAUUUGAAUAAUGUGAAUUAAUCGGAUUAAAUUUUACUGUAAUGUAUAAAACUGCUCUUUGGUUUGUGGUUCGCACUGAUCCAUUUGAUUAGCAGUUGGUUAUGGACCGGCGUUGUGUCUUGUUUUGCCAGGUGCAUCUGAAAGUUCCCUAU